AUGGCGACUGACGAAGACGACAGAGCGUUCAGCCCCGAAUCCAGCAGCGGCGGAGGCAAGAAGAAGAGGAAGAAGCACCACCGUAAGCGGAAGCGCGGCAGCAGCGACAGCAGCAGCAGCAGUAGCAGCAGCAGUAGCAGCAGCAGCAACAGCAGCAGUGGAAGCAGCAGCAAUGACAGUGACAGCAGUAGCAGCAGCAGCAGCAGUAGCGGUUCCAGCAGGGGCGGCGGCAGCAGCAGCAGCAGCAGCAGCAGUAGUAGCAGCAGCAGUAGCAGCAGUGGGUCUAGCAGCAGUAGCAGCGAUAGCGACAGUAGCCAGCGUCAGCCCCGCAGCCACCGACGGCGCCGCCAGAGUAGCAGCAGUAGCAGCAGCAGCAGCAGUAGUUCAGGCAGCGGAAGCAGCAGCAGCAGCAGCAGCUCAGGCAGUGAGAGCGAGGGCAGCGACAGCCGCCGCAAGAAAUCUCUGACGAAGACCAACUUGUCGAAGCGCCGCGCCCCCACUGUGAAGCGCGGCGGCCCGAAGGCCGCACUUCCCACAUCGGUCGGCCCUGGCGGCCGCGUGCGGCGCGCAGCCGCGGCCGCUGCGCUGACGAGCGGGUUCUCCCGCCCAGCUGCGCGCGCGAGCGGGGAGUUCGACGCCUCCCUCGCGGCGUUGCUUGCGCGGCGCCGCAGCAGCGCCCCGACCCCGCCGUCUGGUGCGCCGGGCGGGCGCGGAGGCGGCACCGCGCGCGGCCGCGGCCGCGGCCGCGGCGGCCGGGGUGCCGGGCGCGGGCGUGGGCGCAAGGGCAACGAGCAGCGCAGCAAGGCUGCGAGCGGGGCCAGGGGUUCCGGCGGCAGCGAGGAUGACGAGUCGGACGAGGAGGAGGGGGAGGAGGGCGACCGCCGCGGAAACGGGAGGCGGCGUCGUGCGAGCUCCUCGUCGGAUCUUGGGGAGCGCUCCAGCGGCACUUCGGGCAGUCGCAGCAGCGGCAGCAGCAGCGGCAGCAGCAGCGGCGGCAGCAGUGGCAGUAGCAGCGGCUCGGACAGCAGCGGUGGAAGCGGACAGGAUGGCAGCGGCGGCGGCCGCGGCAGCCGCGGCGGCCGUGGCGGGCGGCGGCGGCACAGCAGGCGGCGCCGCAACGCGGUCGAUUACCGCGCGCUGCAUGAGCAAAUGUUUGGGUUUCUGCCUGACGAGACGGGCGGUGGCGGCGACGGCGAGGAGGGCGACAGCGAGUGA